GUGUGUGUGUGUGUGUGUGUGUGUGUGUGUGUGUGUGUGUGUGUGUGUAAAAGCUAUCACCUCUUGCUUAUAUAUUGAGGGAAGCUCUCACAUGAGCUUGUUCUUCUGAGCAGAAGUGAGAUCCUGCACAGGAAUCAGCUCCAUCAUCCAGACAGUAUGAAACUACAGGUGCUGAUCAUCUUCACGUCAGUCCUGGUGGCUCAUUACGCAUCCUCACGUGUCAGCAUUCCAGAGAUCCCCGGACUUGGAGAAACGGAUCAGAGAGACAUGGACGAGCGCAGCACCUCAGAAGACGACAGGAUUUGCUUCUUGUUAAAAGAGAAGGAUUCUGAGAGCCACAUUUCCUGCAAGCAUCGUUUAACUCGCAGCAAAUUUAACUACAACCCGUUCGGGCUGCGCUUCGGGAAGAGAGACGGACGAUUAAAGACACACAGAACCGGGAAGAUUCUCCCACUUCUGCUGUUUGUGAGAGAACUGGAGGAGGCGUCAUGAAAUCAUAAACACACACACACACCAUUCACACACACACACACACCAUUCACACACACACACACACCAUUCACACGCACCAUUUACACAAACAUCA